AUGACCACCGGCUCAGAUGCACCUUGUGACUACAGCACGCUUCCUUCUCCUACUUCCUGGAACUGUGCAUCCAGCACCAUUACUGGCGGGCCCAUCUUAUCCACUGGCACCGAUGGCGCGGUAGCGAUUGCCCUCCCAUCCGCCCUCCAAAGUGCCAUCGUCAGCUACGCACAGAGCGACACCUGUGCCGCCUCCAAAGCCAGAAACAAACGCAGCAGCUGCGACGUUGGCACCUUGGGCGCCGACAUCAUCGGUCAAACCGGCACUGGCGGCCUUUUCAUCGACCUCAUACAAUUUCCAACUGGCGCCCAACUGCCCGCUUUGAUCCCCGCUGUAGCAGUCGGACUCUCACAAGUCGUAACCGCCCGGACAGGCAAUCGCUCAACUAGCGCCCUCAGUGUAUCUAUAGUUCAAACACAACUCACUGAUCAUCUCUCCAUAAUACCACCUCUAUCAAUAGAAUACACGGACGGAAUAUUAUGUAGAACCCCUUUCCAAUGCACGUUACCUUGGCUAUGA